AUGGCGAUACCUCCCCUCAAGUUCGAUCCCCCGAUAGAUGUCGAUGCUGUGACGACGCCGUGGAAACUGCCACGCCACAAGACAUAUAUUCUCACCAACGCCCGUGUCAUUGAUCCCGUCGACGGGAGUGUACGGCACAACGCCACCGUCGGGUUGGGAGGAGGUUUCGUCCGAUAUGUUGGGGACGAAGGUGGGAGGAAUACGACUGACAACGGAGGAGACACGCUGUGCAUCGACCUCGAGGGCAAAUACAUCCUACCGGGUCUCUGGGACUGCCAUGUGCACCUGGCGGCAGUGCAGGGGUUUAGCAGCUUUGACGACAUCUUGAAUCUCUCCCCGGACACGUCACUGCUUCGCCAGCCGGAGAUCGGCCAAGCGAUGCUCGACCGGGGCUUCACCACGGUGCGAGACUGUGGCGGUGCGCUGUUACCGCUGAAAGCUGCGUUUGAGGAAGGCAUCCAUCCUGGUCCCCGGCUUUUCAUCGCAGGGCGUCAGCUGUCGCAGUCCGGGGGCUGCGGGGACAGGCGAUCUGCUUUCGACGACGGCGGCGCCAAACAGCUCUCCUGUCGGAUCGUGGACGGCGUGCCUGAGUGUCUAAAGUUCACGCGAGAAGAACUCCGUCUCGGCUCUGACUUCAUCAAGAUCAUGGCUGGUGGAGGAGUCUCGAGCCCACGCGGAGGUCUGGGCGACAUGGAAUUCACCGAGGAUGAAAUCAAGGCCAUCACCACCGUGGCCUCCAAUGCCGGGACGUUUGUCACGGCGCACGCAUACACUCCGGCGGUGAUACGGCAAGCGGUAAACUGUGGUGUCCUCGGGAUCGAGCACGGCAACUUCCUCGACAAAGCGACCGCGGAGCUCAUGGCCCAGAAAGGGGUUUAUCUGACACCGACCCUGGUGGCGUAUGCCGCCGCAUCGCUGCCCGAGUUUGGCGGCUUCGUGAGCCCCGAAUCGGUAGCCAAGCUCAAGGACACCCUCGAAUCCGGGCUCAGGGCCAUCGAGCUAGCCAGGGACGCAGGCGUCACUGUCUGCUUCGGCACCGACCUCCUGGGACCUUUGCACUUUGCGCAGACCAAGGAGUUUGAGCUGCGGCGACAAGUGCAGUCUCCCUUGGAGAUCAUCCAGAGUGCCACAAUCAACGCGGCUCGGAUGAUGCGCCGACAGGAUUCUCUUGGGAGGGUGGCGCCGGGCUUCGUGGCGGACUUGUUGAUCUUGAACGCAAACCCGUUGGAGGACGUUACCGUUCUCGACAGACCUGAGAAACACCUGCUGGCCGUGUUCAAGGAGGGCCGAGUGGCUUCUUCGCGCUGGUCACGGCUGGAGAUGUCCAGUCGGCGUCCCGCCAGAAUUGUGUAG